AACUGUAAUCAGCUGCAUUACGUGUGCUAUGCAUCUUUCAUUUAAUUUAAUUCGAUAUUCGAGUCGAUAAUCGAUUAUAAACAUCUCCCCGCAAAAUUUCUAAUUCGUGACAGACUUACGUAAAAUUUUUAUUCGCUUAUAAAAAAAAGUCCAUUGGACGCAAAAUAUAAAUAAAAAAUUAAUAUUUAUGAUUUAUCAUGUCAAUCCCAAAGGAAAAUGACGAAAGGACAUGGAAAAACGAUAAGAAGUUACAAGAGGAUGAACUGUAAAGGCUGACAGUCGAGAUUUGAUUUCCACGAGGUAGAUUAGAUAACACUAUUAGAAAGUACUCCGAGAAGGCUUUCUAGCGAUAAGAACACUACGUAUAUCUCGAUAAGGUUAUUUUCAUGAAACGAUAUUCGAGUAGGUAUCGCCAAAGAGAAAACGAAGGACCCCUGCUAAAUUCGAUUUGUCAAUCGGGAUCAGAUCAUUUAAAAAUCGCAUCCGAGAGGUAUGACUUCUUUGACACGGUUAGUCCGAAAGAACAAGAAUCAGGGACAGAAUACCACGGCAAUGCAAUGGCUCAACCCUUGUCUUGUGUACAGAUGGAAAAUUCAGCCAAGGAUCAGAUUAAGGAUGCGGACGAUAAAAGGUUGCAGGAUAUCACGGAGAGAAGAGAAAUGAAGAAUUACGAUGCAAAAACCGAAAGGAAAAUGUGUUAUAUGCUUAACUGUCCUGUGAAUAAGAAAUUGAAGCAUGAGAAGUUGUGCAACACUGACGAGUGUCCUGCGGUGAUAAGGAAAAAGAUAAUCAAGGAGACGAAAAAGUCAGAAAAGUGCAAUAAAAAAAAUCCUUUAAUGAUUUUAGGGGAAGCCGUAAUAAACACAUUCAUGGACAAGGAAUCCAGCAAGCUAUCAAAGAAUGAAAAAAAAUGGAAGAAAAAGUACAAUUUAGAAACACCAAAUGAACAAUUGCAGGAUUUCAAUAACAGCUGUUGUCAAACCAAGGACAAACUGAGCUAUGAACAUCGAUAUAAAUAUUUAUCGCAGCAAGAAGAUUCGAACUCUUUGCUCGAAUUUUCAAAACCAGUAACCACCUCUUGUACCACACUGAAAUAUCCUAUUUCGAAAAACCAUGAAGUAACUAAAGAAUUAAUAGAGAAAUCUAAUUAUAACGACGAACAGAGUCAAUUAAAUUACGCUAUGCAGUCCAGACUGAACAGCUUGAGAGGAUGUCCAAAUACACCGUGUAAACUAAAGGAGAAGGAUGAGAUAUAUUUUGCGAAGCACGUACCUAAGGAAAUCAAAGAAAGAAGCCCGCAGCUUCUUUUGAGCUGUUAUGAAAAUUAUAGUGCGUCCGAGAGAGAUGGAAAUCCCAGGUACGUGGGAGCGGAUAUAAUCGAAAUGAAAGAAAUUAGUGGAGAAGGAGUGCCAAGGAGAAAUGAAAUGAAAGGAGAACGGACGGCGUUGGAUGCCGGAAAGGGAUCGGAAAUUAAGGGACAAGAAAAACUGAGUGUAAUUGCUCCUCGCGUACGAGGGUCAUUUAAUGAGGAGAGAACGUUCUGUUCUUCAGGAAAUAUUAAUUAUCUUGAGGAGAAACUCACGGAAAGGACAAGAUCAAAACAAUGUAAGGGAUGUUCCAAUUCGUUAUCCGAAACAGCAAAUAACUUUAGUGAAAGCUACAAUGAUAAAAUGGACAGGUCGUACUUGGUUAAUGACGUUGCAGUUAAAAGUGACCUAAUACCAAAUUCCCACGCAUUUCCCGUAUUGUUAAAAGAUAAAGAAUGUUUGGAAUCUACAGGAUUUCGAAAACGAAUAAGAUCGGAUAAGUCUGACAUAGACAUAGGUACUAUAUCACCAUUGAAAGCUGUCGCGGAUGUGGAUGUGAGGGAAAAUAAAAUUUCAAAAAAUAACGACAACUCCCCGUCGGGACAGUCCUUUCGUCCAGUGAUAAAUUGGAAUAUGGACCAGGCGCCAGUUCCAAAGGAAAUCGAUGCACGUGCCUCCAAUAAAUUCGAUGCUACGAAAUUGUCCAAUAGAAACAAUGGCAUUGACCAUUUUGAGAAUAUACCAUUUUACGAGAAGAACGGGACUGCUGUGUACGCUCUGAGUAAUUCUCGAUCUGAAGAAAAUAAUAAGAAUCCUCCAGACCCAACAGAAGGUUUAGAAUAUUCCUCAAAGAGAGAUGAGAAACCAUUCCGAAAUUCUUUGAAGAAUCUGAGACAAACGAGCGCAGAUAACCUAAUUAAGAAAGCAUCUUCGAAGAAGGUAACGAUAUCAGAGGAAGACGCGGAUUCGGAUUGUUAUACAAAUUCGUCUGACAUUCCACCUGCAAAUAAAGUAUCAGUCCAUUUGUUGGACGGAACGAAAAGAAACUAUCGGAAUUUUUCUGAGGACCCUAAUAUUAUUGAACAUAAUGAAGUUCCACGCAAUAAGGUUACCUUCGUGGGAGCAAAUAGUAUCUCGUCUGCCUGUGCAAUGAGUCUCAUAUUAAAGGAUAUUACGAGAGAAAUAAUGUUUUACGAUGAUCAGUCUGUCUCCAGAUUAUUAGACGACACGAUAGACAUUCGACGUGCCUCUUCAUACACGGAACAAUCAAAUAUCCUUUGUAGCAAUGAUCCAACGGACACGGCUACUUCGCAGCUUGUAAUAAUAAUCGGUGAAAAUGCCAGUAAGAAUCAAAAUAAAAUGAACGUGGUAAGAAAGAAUAUUCAGAGGUUAAAUAACUACGUAAGGAAUUUAGCAGAACAUAGUCCAGAAGCAGUGUUCCUGGUAGCCGUAGAACCAGUUGAUCUAAUGAGCUGGGUUGUAUGGAGAAUGACACAGUUACCUUCGAAUCAAGUAAUAGGAACCGGUACGAAUCUUGACACUGUUAAUUUGCGUAAUCUUCUUGCAAAAAAAGUCAAUUUGCCAAUCAACAUCAUUGACGCUUGGAUUAUCGGUGAACGAGGAGAAAAUUGUCUUCCUGUAUGGUCGAGUGUUAACAUGGUUGAUUCCAAAUUGAGUCACUUGAGUGGAAGUCAGAUAGCCGAGGAAUGGUCAGACAUACUCGAAGCCUUCGUGCGUGGAAAUGCUGAUACAAAUUCUGCGAGAGGCCAUCUGGAGUGGACUGUUAUCAUGAGUAUAGUUGAUCUUUGUCAGACUAUAUUGCAAAACAGAAAAAAUGUGCAUUCAGUAUCCACACUUGUUGGGGGACACUAUGAUGUGGAUUUAGAAGUAUUUCUUUCCGUACCUUGUAAAAUAUCUGCAAGGGGAGUCCAGAAUAUAAUUAAGCUUCGUUUAACUAAACGAGAGAAGGAAUUGUUUAAACAUUCGGCAACAGUCUGCAAAAAAGUGUUGAAUGACUGCCAGCUUAAUUUACCGGCAGGUGAUGUAAUUGAAGUGCCGGAAGAAGACGAAGAGGUCUUUUCAUCGUUUCCUGUCAGAAGAUAAAUUUUUUGAUAAUCAGUACUGAUCGAUAAAAAUAUACUAAUAAAUUAACGUUCGAA